AAAAAAAGAACCAACCUUUUUCGUCUUGGCGAGUCUUCGACCUUGGUCGGAAAAACCAAAAAAAAAAAUCAUAAUCGCUUCUCCGCAACCGCAUUAUCGACUUCAAUGGGAGACUCAGAGACCUUAGCGGCGUUGAAGAGAGCUUACGCAGAUACGAUACUGAACACGACGAAGGAGGCGGCGGCGCGUGUGUUGUGUUCUGAGAAGAAGACGCGUAUGUAUCAGCAAGAGAUUAAGACGGUUAGAGAUGACGCUGUCAAUACAUUGCUUAGGCUUAAACAUAUGUAUGACUCCAAGAUCAAGGAGACAGAGGAGAUGUCCUUGAAGCAGCAACAAAAGGUUGAGGAACUUGAAGCUCAACUUGGAGAAGCUGAAGAUAUUGUAGGAGAGCUGAGGAUGGAACUGCGAGCACUUCAUGAUGAGUUCAAUAGAGUUACGAAUGCUCAGACAUCAUAUCUUAAUGGUGAUCAUCAGGAACCCUCUUGUCUGAAAAACAGCAACGCGGCAGGUUCUGUAGUGCCUAAGGUUUCUAGCGGUCCGGAGCGAUCAGGAGUGGCUAAUGGGAUAACAAACCCAUCUUUGACUCGCAUAAACAGUAUUAAACGGUGUUCUUCUAAAGGUAACAUGGAUCGUUGUCACCACACUCUUCCGUCUAUACUUACGAAACGCAGGGAAGUUGAAGGGUAUGCUCAGAUGUUCCACUCAGUAGAUAAGAGGUUGGCCAAUGGAGAUCUGUCUUCCUCUGUAGAAGUGGAAGAUGUGAAUGAUGGAGUGUGUCUUCAAAAAGUUUCGUCUUGUAAAAGUGUAGAGACGUUGGAAUUGUCUGGUUGUGCUGAUAUCACUGACCCAAUGGUGUCUCAAAACACUUCUCAGAUGGAUUUUGGAACUCCAAUACCCUUGGAAACAUUUUCAAAGGAACAUGAACAGAACAGAAAGUCUAUGAUUAGCGGAAUAGAGGCAAGAAACGAAGAAAAAGAGAGCUGUGGGAAUAUUGAGGUUUUGACAUCUCCUUCUUGUGAAGAAACUCCAGUUUUGGCUGCUAGUAAGAACCGGUCCAUCAAGUACACAUUCAAGAGGAAGAGAAAGAAGGAGGCUUUAAGUAAUCUUGAAGGAGAUUCCACCUUUGAAGAGAGCAGAAACAUUAAACAGAAAACUGGGGAGAAAGACGAUGGUUAUUUGGAAUCUCUGAAGCCUAGCUUCACCAGUGAAUCAUCUCGAGAUGCUCUAUGCGUAGCACAGGUUGCUCGGCAGCUUGAACCAUACUCGAAGCAGAACGGUUUUGCAGCAGAACUAGUCAACCAGUAGGAUCCUCCCUGGACUCGCAAGUAACCUUCAAGUCCUAAUCAUCAGUUGCAGUCUAUCUGUCCAUGAUUGAUCACUAGCGUUAAUAGUAAAGUAUUUCUCUAAUAUAUAAAAUGUUAUUACUUUUGAUUUUGAGUCAAAAUUUAAGUUUUAUGUGAUAUGGAUAGAUGGAAACUUUAAAUUUUUACGCCUGGAUUGGUCCAAGAGGUAUCAUUGUAUGAUAUCUCAAACCAUUUUGUGUUUUACUUUUAUGUAAAUAAUAUCUAACUA